AGCGCAGGACUGAGACGAAUAAUCCAAUCAUCAGUGCGCUAACAGGGCUGAUGUCUUGGUUCCAAUCUCUGAGAGAUGAGUUCACUCUGAGACCGUUUGAGCUCCAGGAGACACGCAGUGACAGUGCUGCCAUGGCAUCCAGACCUCCAGACUUGACCAAUCAGGAGCCUGCUGAGGUCCAGGAAGAGUGCUCAGGAAAAAAGAAAUCCAAGUUCCAGACAUUUAAAAAAUUAUUUGCCAGGAAGAAGAGAAAGGAGCCAUCAGCAGGAGGGGUAGACGACGGUCUUAAAGCCAGCCAGUCGAGCGACAAUGUCAGCAAAACGUCAGAGAACACACUCACUCGAUCAGAAAAGGAAAAAGGAUCUGGGUCAAAGAUCAGCCUGGGCAACAAGGCCCUGUCACAUGACUCUAUCUUUGUUUCUGACUCAUCGGAGGCCAGUGAGGCUCUCGGGGCAUCUCAGGACAGCAUUCAUGGGAAAGUGAAAUCACUACAGCUCCAGCUGAAGCAGGCCAUCAGACUGGGUUCUCCUCCUUCACUGAUGUGUGUGAAGAAGAUGGAAGAUGCUGGAACCAUGUCUGAGGAUGACGGGUUACCCUGCAGCCCUCCGGAAUACACAACUCUUCACACAGUAAUGAAUCAGGCUCAGAGGAACAGUUCCAACAGUCUGCAGAGAGUAGACAGCGAUGACGACCAGCUGUCCUGUGGAGCCUCCAGCAGAGCAGUGAGCCCCCUGGUGGUUCCCGGGGACUUCAGUCAGCCCGCCAGUCCCUUCGGCUGUCUGGAUAACUCUGCUGCCAAACACAAGCUGGGCCUGAGACACAAAGCCUGCAACAAAAGGAAGCCUGCCAGGCAGCUCGAAGGGAAAGUGGAGAGAGACUCUAGUGUGGAAGAGAACAUCUCCGUACCAGGAGCAGAAGCAGAAGACAUAAAAGAACAAGAACAACAGAUGGCAGAAGAUGCAGCUGACGAUGAGCUGAAACCAAAAGUGGAAAGGGAAGAAGAGGAAGAUGACAAGGAUGAGGAGAAUGGACAACCUCGGGAUCCUACAGUAUCCCUGUUGACAGAUAAGGAGAAGGGGGAGGAGGGAGAGGACGAGUCUGAAGCAGAACAGGAUGUUUCUCACGACCCGGACACUUCCUGUCCUCCCAUGCCGGGUCUCUCAGAGGAGGAAGCCUCCGAUGAUCAACCUCCGUCCUCCUCCAAGCUCAGCUCAAGAUCAUCCUCGCUGGACAGUCUCAGGGCAACACCAGAGCCCCCUGCUGGUCCUAGAGAGUAUCUGAUGGACCCUCCAGGUGCUUCCUAUGGAGCGGAGGAUAACCUGAUAGCUGAAAGAGACUCUGCUUCAGAAGAAGACGACUUGGUCCAGGACAUCAGUGAUGAGGAGAGUUCCCUCUUAGAGGAGGUACUGAACUCCUUAAAGACUCCUCUCACAUCUUGCCCUGUGGAUGUGGAACCUGAAGGCGUUACCCUGGAGAUGGACAAGGAGGAGGAGAGAGGAGUGGAGUUGGUGGGAGACGAAGAUGAGGUGGAAGAGCCUGUUGGUUAUCAGCCGGUACCUUCAGACUCCAUCCUGUUAGAUCAAACUGCAGAAGAAGAGAAGGAGGUUAAAAGUCCUUCCUUGCAAGAAGAAGAAGAAGUGACUGCUGUGGGAGAGGAGGUGAAAGGCAGAGCGGAAGAGGUGGAGGAUGAGGAGGAGGUGCUAAUCGUGGAGCGAUUCACUCAACACAGUGAUGAAGAGGAAGGAGAGCAGGAGGAGGAAGACCAACCUCAAAACAUGCUUACAAGACAGAGUAUCAGUCAGCAAGCGGAGGAAGGCGAGGAAGAGGAAAGUGAGCGAGAGGAAGAGGAGGAGCCAAUAGAGCUGGAGAAGGAACCAGAGGUGGAGAAGGAGGGGUGGGAGAGGGGGGAGGAGGCUGCUGCUGCUGCUGAUGAUGAUGAUGAUGAUGAUGAUGAUGAUGAUGAUGAUGAUGAUGGAGAGAUGGCAGUUGAAGUACAUGAAGAGAGGGAAGUAGAGGAAGAAGAGGAGAUGAUUCCUGACUCCCAAGAUGAGGAAGUUCAGAGUGCUUCCUGGCAGGAGGCCGAUGAAGAUGAAGUGUUUCAAGAUGCUUUUGUCUACAUAAAACACACAGAAGAUAACAACUCAACAGGAAAUGGUAAUGAGGUAAUCACCAGUCUGCAGGAAGAAGAAGAAAACUUCAGACAUGAGGAGGAGGAUGGUGAAAAGGAGGGCGAAGAGGUCGACCUCAUCGAGCAAAAGUCAGAAGAAGACGUAAAAGAAGACCAUGAUGCAGAGCAGACGGAACAGGAACAGGACCAGGACCAGGAAAGCGAUGAAAAAGUCACCUUUUUAGACACGAAAGAGCUGCAAAAAGAUCCGAGUGAACCUGCAGUCGCUGCUUCAUCCAAGCCUCCUCCUUUGUCUCUUCCUGGGUCGCAUCAUAGGACUCAUUUAGACGAUGGUGUGGUCAGCCCUCCCAGCAGGACUUCCACCUUACAGAUAAGUCUAGUCUCUCCCAGCUCAGAGAAAGCUGCAUCUUUAUUCCAGCUGUCUCCAGCUGCUGCAGAUCCCAGUGAGAGCACCACUGAGUUGCCUUCUCCUGGUUCAGAUUCCAUAGAACCAAACGCAGCACCAAAACAAGAGGCCGCUGGCACCGUGGAAGACGAAGAAGAAAAACAGUCCAACCAGAAACCAGAAGAUCCACCUUCUGCAGCUGUGGGGGGAGCAGCCACCCAGCCGACGGAUCAGAGUAAAAUCCGCUUCACCAUCGCCCCCGCGUGGCAGAGGUCGCAAAGCUUGAGCCCUCCUUCUUCCCCACCGACUCAUGUCUCUUUGUCUUCUGGCAUCACAAAGCCCACUGCUGAUGAGGUGGGGGCUGCAGCUGAUGGGGUUAGGAAGGCAGAGUCUGUGGGUCCAGCCAAGGCCGAAGACGUGUUGAGUCCAGGGAGUGUGAGGAAUGCUGGGAUCAAAGCUCAAGUUUCAGCUGCUGCAAGCACAGCAGAGAGGUCUGUGGUUGCAGAGGGAAACCCCGACAGUCCAUUUGGAGUCCGGCUGAGGAAGACGUCGACUCUGCUCCGCUUCAGCUCGGAGGAGGAAAAUCCUGAGCCUCCAUCAGAGUCACCAUCUCAGCCAACCGGCUGUAAAGCUGACUCACCACAGCCAAUCAGCAACAAGCCUGCCCUCCCUAAAAAACCUGAGGGACACGUAGACGCUGGAGGGAAACCGAGGCGUAUCUCAGACCCAGCUCCGGGUUGGGGUGUUUCUGGUGGAGCAGAUCCUCCAAGCUGGAUUUCUGUGGCUAAACAGAAACAGAAAGUCUACAAAGAAAACUCUCUGGAUGAGAUUACUGCCAUAAAGGAGGAGCAAGAGAGGAAGUCUUCGCUGCCGACUUAUGUCAGCUCAGCUGCAAGCAGCAACAAAACAGCUGAGUCCGCCAGCAAAGUUGGCCAGUCGGAGGUCAGUAAGCCAACGGUGUCUGUAGAAAAGGAGACCAAGAAGACUCUUUCUCCUCCAACUCCGGUGCCACCUCAGCCUUUAAAAUCCCAGCCGCUCCCUUGCCCUGUUGCUCCAAAACCACAGAGGCCCUCAGCCACAGCAAAACCUCCACCACAGCCCGACUCACCCCAGAGGUCCCUGUCGCCCCCAGCUCCAGUCCCCGUUCCGUCAAAGUCUCCACCUUGUACAACGCCAUCAUAUCUGUCCAAAACUGCCACCUCGCCCAAAACGCCCACAGUCACCUCCCCUCCAUUUUCAUCAAGAACCGUCCUGGAAAAACCUGGUCCCAGAGCCCCGGGGCUCCCCGGACAGGCCAUGUCCUCCCAGCGAGGCCUGCCUCCCUCAGCUCUGCCCCAAGACGAGCCACCCUGGAUGGCACUGGCUAAGAAGAAGGCCAAAGCCUGGAGCGAAAUGCCACAGAUAGUCCAGUGAAAAGCCAGGUUCAAAGUCUGGUACACGGGCCAGAGUUGGCUCAAACCCAACCCGAGUGGGUCGGGUGUGAAGGGGGCAGGAUGCACCACAAAUUAUUUGCACACAAGUUUGUUUUAAUCUUCAGCUUCAGAUUGGUACUAAAUGGUCAAUCUACAGCUGAAGGCAGGCCUAACUCCUCUCUUCAUUUCCUCGUGAUAUAGGCCGUGUUUUCUGUAGGAACACAGACGUUAAUGUGUCUUACUUGAAAAUGAUCCAUAUUUUCUCAACAAUUGUAGUUCAUGAUACGGUGCCUGAAUAAAAUAAAUGACGUGUAGCCACACUGCCGUGAAUAUUUACCUUCAUGUAACUUGGUUGAGUCGACAGGACAUCACUAAACAAUUCAGGAAAAGGACGAGGGACGUGUUAUUUUACAGAGAAAAUAGUGUAUUUACAAAAGUAGAAUCAAUGAUAGAGACAGAAUACAUAUUGUAGUAAAAAGUCUAUUUGUUUUGUCUUAAGACUGAAUGAACAUGAUGUCUGUCUUUGUGUUUUCCCGUCUUGUGUGUGUUUGUAUUUUAAGGCAGCGAUGUUUGCUGAAGAUAAAUUUGCUGAAACUGAUUUAACCUGUGAUCCACUUUUCUUCACCCUGUUUUGUGCAUUAGGAGCUUCAGACAAGCAGAUUUCAUCUUAACGCGAAUCAUGAUCUGUGUUUGUCGCGUUAGCGGGUGCCGAGUGUGUUUGAAGCUGUCGGUGUAAAUUAUAUUUUAAAUUUUUCUCUUGAUAUUUUUAAGUUCUCUUUUGUUACUCGGAAUAGAAAACGGCAGGUUGUCUGCUUGGCAUCCUGCAAAAAAAUCCUAAAAGUGAGCUGAAGAGUUGGUGAGAACUACAUGGAUUUCUGUUCUUGUUUUUUGUUUUUGUUUGUUUUUUGGGUUUUUUUGCAGCUCAUCAUAAUGUUUUUAACCAUUAAAAACUUCAAAAAAUGAAAUAUAAAUCAUAAAGCUACUUGGUCACUUUGAGUUUGGUUUUCUGCGAGAUGCCAAGGAUGAGUUUAAGGAGAGCAUUGCAUACCGUUUGUUAACAUUUAAGUCUGUCUUACAAUAUAUGUGUUACACUUUUGGUUUUAUUUUCUAUUGACUUUUGAGAAUUUUUAUUGUACAUAAAAUGUAAGUAAAGAAUGAAUGAAAUCA